UUUUUUACUUCCCUUCUCGCUCUCUCCUCCCUUCCUCUUACACCCUUUCUUUAUUCUUCACAGAUGGCCGAUUCAUAUUCUUCCUCUCGCAAUGGCGACAUCUCUCCCAAUGGGUUGGGAAACGGCUCAAGUCCAUCACUCGUUCCGACUCAGACUGCUGCGCUUCUAUCGAGUGUCAUUCGCAAAAAGCUGAUGGGCUACGUCGGUUUUGCCAAUCUUCCCAAUCAAGUGCACAGGAAGAGCGUGAGGAAAGGGUUCCAGUUCACUGCAAUGGUUGUUGGCGAGUCAGGCUUGGGAAAGUCGACACUUAUCAACACCUUGUUUAACACGCCAUUAUACCCCCCCAAAGAGCCUCUGCCCCCUUCGGCAGAGCGUCCGAAAACCGUCGCUAUCGAGAGCAUUGGGGCCGACAUCGAGGAGAAUGGCGUGCGGCUACACUUGACUGUUGUCGACACUCCUGGGUUCGGUGACUUUGUUAACAACGAUGAGAGCUGGAAGCCCAUCGUUGAGAACAUUGAGUCGCGGUUUGACUCAUAUCUUGAACAAGAGAACCGUGUCAAUAGGAUGAAGAUUGUCGAUAAUCGCGUUCAUGCUUGUCUCUACUUCAUCCAACCCACUGGUCAUUCAUUGAAACAGAUUGAUGUCGAAUUCAUGCGCCGCCUGCAUACCAAAGUCAAUUUGAUCCCUGUCAUUGCCAAGGCGGACACUAUGACUGAUGAAGAGAUUGCGGAGUUUAAGGAGCGGAUUCUCGCUGACAUUGCUCAUAAUAAUAUUCACAUCUUCCAGGCCCCUACGUAUGAUAACGAGGACGAGGAAACGAUUGCUGAGGCAGAAGAAAUUGCCGGCAAAAUUCCUUUCGCCGUUGUUGGCUCUGACAAGCUCGUGAACACACUCGAUGGCCGCCAAGUGCGUGGACGUGCAUACCCUUGGGGGGUGGUUGAGGUUGACAACGAGGAUCACUGCGACUUUGUCAAGCUGAGACAGAUGCUUGUUCGCACUUACAUGGAGGAAUUGAGGGAGUACACCAAUGAUGUGCUAUAUGAGAACUGGCGAACAGAAAAGCUUCUCAGCAUGGGUGUUGCUCAAGAUUCUACCGUAUUCAAGGAGAUCAACCCUGCCGCAAGACUGCAAGAAGAACGUGUCAUGCACGAGGCGAAGUUGGCCAAGAUGGAGGCAGAGAUGAAGAUGGUCUUCCAACAAAAGGUCCAGGAGAAGGAGUCCAAGCUCAAGCAAUCAGAGGAGGAGCUCUACGCCCGUCACAAAGAGAUGAAGGAUGCUCUGGAGAAACAGCGCGCCGAUCUCGAGGAGAAGAAGAAGCGAAUCGAAACCGGCCGACCGCUGACUCCCGAAAAGAACGCGACGGGUCGCAGGAAGGGAUUCCUCCGCACUUAAGAUUGCGGCCAACGUCCGGAAUCCAUAUCAUCUCUUUAAUACAUCACGGUUUUGUGCCAUGGACAUCAUUUCUUUCUUUUCUUUGUUACAUAUGUACGACACAUUUUUUCUAUGGUGCCUUUAGUAUUAACGUUUUUACUUGGUCAUUGUGAAUUCCUACACUCUUUUACUCGGAUAUCCUCUUUACUGCUAUUCUUUAGUAUGCUUUUCAACGAGUUCUUGUGUAUGCAUGGAGGUUCCCGUUGGCCAGAGAAUAUACCACUGUUUUCGCUCUGCCACUGAAGUCAACAAUGCUAAACUUUGACGUGAUGCGGUGAAUUAU